UAUCAAAAUGCAACAAUGCACGGCGAUGCUCAAUGCCAAUUCUGGUUGGGGCGCAUGUUCGAGCAAGGAGCAGUAAUGGAUGAUGGGGAGGAAAUCGUUCCCAAGGAUGUAAAUCAAGCGGCUCAACUAUACCUCAUGGCGGCAGAGCAGGGGCAUCAUGAGGCUGCAAGGUUACUGGGAAUGAUCUUUGAGGAGCAUGGAGACCAGGACAGGGCAGCUCAAUACUACAUGAAAGCUGUGGAGCUAGGAGAUGUCAGGUCGAUCUCGCACUUGGGAAUCAUGUACGAGCAAGCGGGUAGCGUUGAGGAAGCACUCUCUCUCUUCACACAAGCCGAACUCGCUCGUGAUGGGCUUGCUCUUACGUCCCUCGGACGUAUCUAUCUGCAAGGCAAGGGAGUGCCGCAGGAUGGGAAGAAAGCAGUUUCUUAUCUCGAGAGGGCCGUAGCAGAAAACGAAAUAUUGGCAUUCACUUAUCUUGGAAAUGCUUAUGAGCAGGGGAUAGGCGUUGAACAGAACUACAGCAAAGCUUUCGAGCAUUACAAGCGAGCAGCAGAUGCAGGAGAAUGGAACGCUCAAGCUCGGCUUGCCUUUCUUUACUCCGAAGGGUUCGGCGUCGAGAAAAAUAUGGAAGAAGCUGAGAAAUGGGCUUUCAAGGCCUCGCAGAAUGGC